CUCAACAUUGGCGGGAAAAUUGUGUUGUUGUGAUCCGAAGCAAGUUUGUGUCGAAAAGAGCGAUGGCACAACGAUCUAUAGCGUCGUUUUUUGCUUCCCCUAAGCCCAAGCCAGGCAAACAGGAACCAGGCGUUAAAACAGAGAAACCACCACUGAAAAGUAAAAAUAGAAGUUCACCACCAUCUAAAAAGAGUCCAGUAAAAUUACAACCACCAAAAAAGAAGGCAAGAAGAAUUUUAGAAAGCGAUGAUGAAGAAGAAGAGGAGGAAAAUGAAGUUGUCAAGGAGACAAAGGAUGUUGAAAUGGAAAAAGAGCAAGCAGAUGAUAAACCCAAAGUGACUAAGAGCAGUGAUGAAGAGAAGCAGUCUGAUGAUCAAUCAGAGAAGUCACAAGAUGAGAAUGAUAUCAGAUCACCAGGUCUUGUGAAAUAUACAUAUAGUACCAAAUCACCCCGUGGUAUUCCAUUACGAAAAACAGCAAGGAAGCACAUGAGGAAAGUGACUCCAGAAAAGCCAGUGAAAGUUGUCGAGAAUGGUACGUCUUGCAAAGAAUCAACACCGGUGCAGAAGGAAACUGAAAAGGACGAAAAUGAGAAAGAUGAGGAAAAAGAAAAAGUGGAAAAAGAAGUGAAAACGGGAAAUGAUGAGGAGGAAGAGAUGGAACUGGAUGAGAAACAAAUUAACAAGGAGGAGAAAACUGCCAAGUCUGAUGAUGGCAAGAUGAUUAAGAAAGAAACCAAGAUAAAGACUCCCAAAACCAAAGUGAAACAAGAAGUAAGCAGCGAAGAGGAUUCAACUGAGUGUGACAAAAAAACAAAACACAAGAAAGAGAAAAAGACAAAAGUGAAAGAGGAAAAUAGUGAUGAUGAACAGCAAUCAAGUAAGAAAGAAAAAAACAAAUCAAAGAAAAGAAAGAAGAUAGAGGAAGAAGAAGAAACAGAAACCAUGGCAACAGUUAAAAAAGAGAAAAUAAAGUCACCCAUUCACAACUUUUUUGCUUCACGUCCAGCAAAAAAGUCUGACACUACCUCAGUAAAAGAAGAGAAACCCAAACCUGAGGUGAAAAAGGAGAAAAAAGAAGAGAAAUCUGAUGAGGAUAUAAAAGAGAAAAAGCAGAAAGAUGAAAAACCUGCAAAAAGUGUCUUUGGUAUGCAGAAACCAUCAAGUAAAGAUAAUGCAUAUGAACCUUACAAAGAGAAAUAUCAUCCGAUUGACGAUGCAUGCUGGAAACGUGGUGAGAAAGUCCCGUACCUUGCCGUUGCCCGUACCUUUGAAGCAAUUGAAGAAAUCACUGCUAGGCUCAAGAUUGUGAAUAUUUUAGGCAAUUUUUUUCGUUCAGUGAUCGUUCUGUCACCGGAUGAUCUUUUAUAUUGUUUAUAUUUAUGUCUAAAUAAAUUAGCACCAGCGUAUGAAGGAAUAGAGUUGGGUCUUGGUGAGACUGUGCUAAUGAAAACAAUAGCCCAGGCCACUGGACGAAGUUUGGAUAAAAUUAAAAUAGAUACCGCUGAAAAAGGAGACAUUGGAUUAGUUGCUGAAUCAAGUCGAAGUAAUCAGCGUACAAUGUUUGCCCCUCCCAAACUGACAGCAUAUGGAGUGUUCACAAAACUCAAAGAUAUUUCUUCCAUGACUGGAAAUGCAUCGAUGUCAAGGAAGAUAGACAAAAUAAAGGGAAUGUUUGUAGCAUGUAGGUUCUCAGAAGCCCGGUAUCUCAUCAGGUCGUUAACUGGUAAACUACGUAUUGGUUUGGCAGAACAAUCUGUGUUAGCGGCUUUAGGACGUGCUGUAGCACUUACACCGCCAGGACAGUCUUUCCCACCGGAAAUUCUUGAUGCAGGCAAAGGAAUGUCGGCAGAAUCUUUAAAAAAGAAAUUGGAAGAAUCGGUGCUGAUAAUCAAAACUACCUACUGUGAGAUGCCUAAUUACGAUAUGAUCAUUCCAACGUUGUUAAAAGAAGGCAUUGAGGAAUUACCAAAGCAUUGUAAAUUGACGCCAGGUAUCCCGUUAAAACCAAUGUUAGCACAUCCUACUAAGGGUGUCACUGAAGUUCUCUCAAGAUUUGAAGAUGCAGCGUUUACAUGCGAGUAUAAAUACGAUGGCGAAAGGGCGCAGGUAAAUAAGAUUUCAUUACAAGCUAGCUUGCCUUUAAAAAAAGAUUACUUGGAAGGCGUUGGUGAUACAUUGGAUGUUGUUGUGCUUGGUGGUUACCAUGGUAGGGGUAAACGUACUGGUACAUAUGGUGGAUUUCUAUUGGCUUGUUAUGAUGAUGAGACUGAAGAAUUUCAGACGAUAUGCAAGAUAGGCACUGGUUUCAAAGAUGAAGAAUUGGAGCAGCACAGUACAUUUUUCAAAGACCAUAUCAUUGAGAAACCGAAAGCCUACUAUCGAUGGGAUUCGUCCGUAGAGCCUAAUCAUUGGUUUGAUGCUGUACAGGUAUGGGAGAUCAAAGCCGCCGAUCUGUCCAUAUCUCCAGUGCACAAAGCGGGAGCUGGAAUUGUAGACCCAGAGAAAGGAAUUUCACUCAGAUUUCCUCGAUUUCUACGUAUACGUGAUGACAAAAAACCAGAAGAAGCGACAUCAGCCAGUCAGGUUGCAGACAUGUACAGGAAACAGGACCAAGUUAUGAAUAACACCAAAGCUGGAUCCAAAAAUGAUGAUGAAGAGUUUUAUUGAGGAGGAAGCAUGUUAAAUGGUUGUCAUGGAAACUGUUUUUAUAUCUUUAUAAAGUAGGUUGAGAAAUUUUGACGAAAAACAGAUGGACGAUUAUUUCUGUGUAUGACAUUCCCAAAUUUUGUAAUAGAAUAGAAUGAUUAAUUAAUUAUCAUGUUAUAUUUACUAAAUAAAAUGAGAAUUUGAACUUGGAAA